UUUUUUUUCUUCUCCCCCACAGUCAGUAACUAACUACCAAGGUAACUAGUAGUCGGUCUGGUAUUUAGUUGCGCUAAACAUAGUCACUAUCGUACGAAUUAUCAAGGUAGGUUUUUCCUCGAACUUCCCUCAUCAUAGUCAGAAACAAUAUCUUGUUUCCUCUCCCUCGCAUUUCUUCAUUUAGGUGUCCAGUAAAGCGCCAUGGAUUCUCCUUCUUCUUCAUCAUCGGUACCUUCAUCCGUUCUUAUCGUUGGAAGCGGAGUCUUUGGCCUAUCCACCGCAUGGGCAUUGUGCAAAAACCCUCUCUUCAAAGACACGACCAUUACCCUUGUAGAUCGUCAAACCUUUCCUACUCCUGAUGGCGCAAGUAUCGACACAUCCCGCAUUAUCCGUCCAGACUACGCCUCUCCACCAUAUACACGCCUAGCAUCCAGAGCGCAGAAUCUAUGGCGUACCACCUUCGCACCUGAACACUACCAUGAAACCGGACUCUGCCUGGUCGGAGCAGGGAAACAACUCAACUACGUGAAUGCCUCAUUGGCCAAUGUUCAGGCACUAGCAACCGACAACGUCGAGGUAUGCAAAGAUGGAGAGGAUAUCAAACGCGUCACAGGCACCAGCAAUGCAUCAGGUGAGGCCGGCUACGUGAAUUGGAGCUCAGGCUGGGCAGACGCCGAAGGAGCCAUGAUCUGGCUCCGGAAGGAAGUCGAGGCCUACUCUCGUGUCAAAUUCGUCACCUCGACCGUCUCUAAGCUGCUCAUCGACCACGCAACAUCAGUUGUCUCAGGCGUCACACUCUCUACUAACCCACCCACCACCUUGACCGCCUCUCUCACCAUCCUCGCUGCGGGCGCAUGGUCCGCAUCUCUCCUCGACUUGCGCGGUAUAUGCAAAGCAACCGGCCAGGCCAUUGCUUACAUGCCCAUAUCCCCCGCUGAAGAAGCAUCUCUCCGGAACCGACCAACCUUGCUCAACCUCUCGAACGGCCUCUUCAUGAUUCCCCCUUCCCGAGGUCUCCUCAAGAUCGCUCGCCAUGGCCAUGGGUACGCAAAUCCCACCACAAUCCGACACCCAGAAUCCGAAGACCCCAACGAAACAAUUACAGUCUCGCUCCCCUACACUGCGAUCGACGACCCCUCGCAACAGAUUGCCCCAGAAGCCUGGGCAGACUGCCGCCAAUUCCUCACACAUAUUCACCCCUCUCUUUCUACUCCAACGCGGCCCUUCACAAAGUCCAAGAUAUGCUGGUAUACAGAUACCCGCGAUGGUGAUUUCCUUAUAUCGUACCAUCCCAAGUACAAGGGAUUGUUUGUAGCGACUGGGGGUUCUGGUCAUGGUUUCAAGUUCCUACCAGUAAUUGGUGAUAGCAUUUUGGAGUGUGUGCUUGGGGAGACGCCAGAUGAUUUCAAGGGCAAGUGGGACUGGCCUAUGACGAGGGUACCGGAGGAUGAGUGGGAGGGAGAUGGCAGUCGUGGUGGUCCCAUGGGAUUGAUAUUGAGUGAGGAGAUGUCGAAAGCAAGAGCAAGCAAAUUAUAGACACAAUUAUGUAGAGGGUGCCAAAGUGAUAGUGUACCAAUAGAUCAUGU